GGACUUUCACCGGCCUUCGUGGCCGGCUUUUAUGUUUAAUUAAAUGCAUGUAUUUAUUUUUAAAAUGCUUGCAAGACUUUUUUUUGGCACACCGACGAAAUGGGUCGGGCCAGCGUUGGGCGCUCGCGCCGACCCAAACACAGCGCCGGACGUUUGUGUCCGCCGGGCCGACCCAAACGGACAAAAGCGCCGUCCGUUUGGGUCGGCCCGUUGGAGUUGCUCUAAGGUAAAAAGUCUAAACUUAUCAUAUUUUAGCAAACCAAGAACAUCACACCAAUAUAUACAGAAACACAGAUCCUCAAAAGAAUAAGGCUGAUAUGAAUAUUCCAUAAUACAAGAUCAUGUAUUCUUUGGAUACUUGCAAUCUUGUAGGUAGUUGUAGCUCUACUUUCUGAGAGAAUAACUACACCAGUGCAUUCAUAAAAUAUGGUAAGGGGGCAGAAGGCAUGACCUACAUUUCUCAACUUCCUAUGGGUGAAUAACAUCAAAGAUGCCAAAUUCAAAGGGUGUGAGCUUUCCGUCUUUCUCGUGUCUGUCUCCUAAUAAUAACAGAAACAAUAAUAACCAUAUGAUAGUCCUUUGCAUUGACCUUUAGUAUGGGCGCAUUCUGUUAUUUUCUGUCCCAUCAUUUUUGUGUGACAACCAAAUUAUGGUUUCAUGACUUACCGCUAUAAUAUUCUUGGCAUAGCACAGGAACUAGGCUUCAUGGGUCUUCGAGUUGCAGCUUCAUGAACAAAGCCUCGCUCAUUCAAUCAUCAGCUGUACCAAAAAGAUAGGUAUGUUCACCUCUAGUGUUUAUUGCUAAUGUUCGCUAGAUGUAAUUCCUGAUUUUGCUUCUUUAAGUCUUAGUUGGUGAGAUUAAACAUCAAAAGAUUCAGCCACCAUGGAUUUCAUGUGCUUCAUUUUACUGAUCAUCUUGCACUUACUGAGUUGAUUACCAUUACAAAUUAUUCCGUGCUACUAAACAUUUUGCUGAUUGGCUACUGAGCAUGUGGUAGUUGAAGCACAUUGUAUCAAACAUCAAAUAUGAAUAGGAUUAGGGAACAGAAAAAGAUGGUAAGGGGUUUGUUAGGUCUGGAACAAGCAAAGUUGCUUCAUGUCUUAUUAAUCAUCCUAUAUGGGACUUCUCUACACGGAAGAACAGACAGCCACAUUGCAUAGCUUAAAACUCCACGGCUCUACCUCUUUUGCAACAACCAAAACAGCCAGGCCAACUGCAAUUUCCACAUCCGAUCGAAUUCUAUCUGCUGCUGCUGCAUUCCUGUUGAGUCAUUUUUUCCCCUUAGUAAGUGCACUGCAAGUAAUUACCAUUUAUAUUUCAGCUCAAGAUCAGUCCAUAUCUAAGAUGCUACUGUAUUUGUUAUUCGAUUUCCUCUUGCAUUUGAUUCUGUGUCAAAAUCCUGUUCUUCAAUGUAUUUCUUUCUGUGCUCAUCCUGUUUUCAUAUUGUGUUGGUUCUAGAUUUGGAUUGAAGGUGCCAGGCACUGUUUCGUCAAAAUGAUUGUUGGAGGUGACUAUUUUGAAGGUUCCCAUGAUCACAAUCUCAUGACAGGAUCUUUGACCCAUGAUUCUUCUCUGGCUCCUAAAUGCAACGACAACACAAAUAUUGAGCUACAGAGAUUCAAGGUGCAGUCGUUUUCUGCAGAUAUCCUUUCUGAUUCGACCAAUCUUUCUUCUGAAGCUGCAAGAGCAAUCAACCACCUCCAGCAUCAACUAGGAAUUGGUUUGGAGCAGGAUAUGCCACCAGUGGAAACUGCGACCUGGGAUACUUCUAUCUGCACCAUUCAAGACCAAAUAAUCAACCAUCAGCUUAGCGAAGAUCCACAAAACAUAUUGGUGCAACAACAGAUUCAACAGUAUGAUGCUGCGCUUUAUCCAAACAGUGGUUACACACCAGCACCUGAUCUCUUAAACCUUCUCCACUGCACUGUGGCUCCAGUGUUCCCUGCAACAGCAUCAGUCUUUGGUGAUACAGCACUAAGUGGUGGUACCAACUAUUUGGAUCUUAAUGGUGAGUUUACAGGAGUGGCAGCAAUUCCUGACAGCGGAUUAAUGUACACUAGUGAUCCGGCAUUGCAGUUAGGGUACCAUGCUGCCCCGUCUCACGCACUAAAGGAUAUCUGCCAUUCACUGCCGCAAAAUUACGGACUGUUCCCCAGUGAGGAUGAAAGAGAUGUCAUGCUUGGGGUUGGAAGUGUCGGAGGAGAUCUUUUUCAGGAUAUGGAUGACAGGCAAUUUGAAACUGUACUGGAGGGCAGAAGAGGGAAGGGUGAGUUCGGAAAGGGAAAAGGAAAAGCUAACUUUGCGACUGAGAGAGAGAGGAGGGAACAGCUAAAUGUGAAGUAUAAGACUUUAAGAAUGCUCUUCCCCAAUCCUACCAAGAAUGACAGGGCUUCAGUAGUAGGUGAUGCCAUUGAAUACAUAGAUGAGCUGAAUCGAACAGUGAAGGAACUGAAGAUCCUAGUGGAACAGAAGUGGCAUGGGACUAAUAGGAGAAGGAUAAGAAAGUUGGAUGAAGAGGCGGCUGCUGAUGGUGAAAGCUCAUCGAUGAGGCCAAUGAGGGAUGAGCAAGACAAUCAGCUUGAUGGGGCCAUAAGAAGCUCAUGGGUUCAGAGGAGGUCCAGGGAGUGCCAUGUUGAUGUUCGCAUAGUGGAAAAUGAAAUAAACAUCAAGCUCACAGAAAAGAAGAAGGCCAACUCCUCCCUGCUUCAUGUUGCAAAGGUUCUUGACGAAUUCCAUCUUGAGAUCAUCCAUGUGGUUGGAGGGAUUAUUGGUGAUCACUACAUAUUCAUGUUUAACACUAAGGUGACUGAAGGUUCCUCAGUUUAUGCUUGUGCAGUGGCAAAGAGGAUCCUUCAGGCAGUGGAUGCACAACACCAGGCACUUGACAUAUUCAACUAGGCAUUAGCAACCAUAGUAACUAUUUGAAGAAGUCCCUAGUCUACUACUCUCCCUGGGGAGAGUCGUAAUUUUAUUUUCUGUCAGUUCUGUCCGUGAGGAAAGUUAUCAGACCAGGCUUGGAGAGAACUUUGUCUUUACCAUUAGCUAGCUCGGAAAACAAAGAAAAUCUGGCAUGUCUUAACUGUUUACGGAUAUCACUUAUCUAGCUUUACUAGAAAUGAUUUGACUCUUUGCCUCAGUAUUUGCUUCCAUCAUCUUUUCGUCUCAUUUCGUUUGGAGUUGACUUCAAAAUAUAGUACCAAGAUGAUGAUUUACACAUGUCUGCAUGGCCCACUAU